AUGACAAAGAGAACAGACACCAUUCCUGCGCAGACAGAGUUAGCAGCCCGGGACGGAAGGACCAGAGGCGCCCUCCAAAGAGCAGCCAUGGCCUGUGGGUGUCGCCGCGGGGGGAAGGCAGCCCGCGGGACCCCCGUUGGCCUCUGCGCCGAGCCCGGCUUUCCAGAGAAGCAUUACCUGGAGCCUGAAAAGGAGGUUAAUCUGCAAGGCCAGCGUGAGAGGAGCGCCGCUGGCGGGGAAUGCGCUUUGAUGUCGACCUCUGGCUGCCACGGCCAGACCUGCCUUGGUGGGCGAGGAGCACGGGAGAGAGGGCGUGUGUGGGAGACAGGAGGAUGA